AUGUCUCGUGUAAUUAUCAAAAAUUUGCCAUCUAAGUGUUCUGAGGAUGAAAUUCGAAAAUUUUUCAAAGAUUAUCAGCCUGUAACUGAUGUCAGUUUAAAGUUUACAAAAGAUGGAGUCUUCAGGAAGUUUGCCUUUGUUGGAUUCGACUCGGAUGAAAAGGCGAAGGCUGUUAUAAAUAAGUUCAACUGUAGCUUUUUUGGUACCUCUAGAAUUACGGUAAUUUUUCCAGCUUGUUAAAAACCAUUGUUAUUUAGGUAGAAGAAUGCAGUGCAAUUGAAGAAAAAAGUAAGAUUCGACCAUGGAGUAAGUACAGCAAAGGAUCAAAUGCGUACAAACGAAUUCAUGGCGAUGAUAGCGUUCUCGAUAAUAUGGAUGUAAAGAAAUCAAAGAAGGAGAACCAAGUUUUAAACAAGUAUGAAAAGGAUCCACUGUUCGCAGACUUCCUUAAGGUGCGCGGUGUGAAAAUUGAAAAGAAAGCUGAGGAAAACAGCGAAGAAGAUUCUGGCGAAGUAAUUCUAAAGGCCAUCGAGACAUAUAAGGGUGAGUAUCAUUUGAUUUGGAAGUACUUUUUGAUUAGAACUUUGCAACCAGGCUGAUUUUAGGUGAUAAGAAUGUUUCACUGAUAUUCAGAGGACUACCGCUACAUAUCAAGCAGACAAAUCUGAAAGAAUGGCUGAGUCCAAUUAGGAUAAGAAGUUGUUUCUUUGUUCAGUCUUCAACAGAGGCGUUUGCUUUCGUCGAGUUUAAUAGGCCUGCAGAUAUGAAGAAGGCUCUGCAAAGGACGGAUCAAUUUCUGGGUGGUUUUAAGGUACGCCUACCUUUCUAGUUAACGUUUUAUCAUUUUAGGUUCGAAUUUGUAGAUUCCCGGAGGAAAAGAAUGAUACUAAAGAAGGAGAAAAACAUGAGGAAAUUGAUUUUGAAGCGGAAAGGAAGAAAUUAACGGACAAAAUUCUUGAAACUGGGCGGUUAUUUCUCCGGAAUUUACCUUACAUUUGCAAUGAAGACGAUCUCACAUUUCUAUUCAAGAAGUUUGGGGAAAUUGUUGACAUCCAAUGUAUUGUAAACCGACAGACAGGACAGUGUAAAGGCUUUGCUGUCAUUACGUUUAUGUUCCCGGAAAAUGCUCUCACAGCGUAUACUGAAUUAGAUGGGACGGUAUUCAAGGGUAGAAUGUUGCAUAUAUUGCCCGGUGAAGAGAAACCCGAUGUAUCAGAAGACCAAACAAACGAAAAGGUUCUGUCUAAAUUCCAAAAGGAAAAGAACGCUAAACAGAAAGAGAAUUCUGGAAGAGCCUUCAGCUGGAAUACUCUAUUCUUGGGUGCAAAUGCAGUGGCUGAUACGUUGGCAGAGAAGUUAAACAUUCAGAAGUCUCAGUUCUUGGAAGGUGAUGACAAGAAUAGGUGAGCGUUUUGUUGUUAUUAUAAGAAACACUUUAGUGCCGCUGUGCGAAUGAGUUUGGCAGAGACACGUUUAGUGAAUGAAACUCGAGACUUCCUCGUUAACAACGGUGUCUGUCUUGAUGCAUUUUCUCGUCCAGCAUCAAAGAGGUCUGACACUGUGAUUAUUGUAAAGAAUCUUCCCUCUGGUACCGACUCAGAAGAACUUAAACGAAUGUUUGAGAGAUUUGGGGAGGUAAAACGUUUUCUGUUACCUCCGGGUGAGUUCUAACUUGAAUUUAUUUUAUUUUUUAGAGUGCAAAGUGACUGGAAUUGUUGAAUUCAAACUGUCUAGCGAUGCCAAAAAAUCUUUUAAAAACUUGGCUUAUUCGAAGUACAAAACUCAGCCACUAUACUUGGAGUGGGCGCCGAUUGAUGUUUUCAGUGAUAAUGGAAAGGAGAAGCAGGUGGUUGAAGAAAAAAUAACACCUGGGGCCAUCGAUUUAAAUAAGAAAGAGAAGAGAGAGAUUCAACUGAAAAAGAAAUAUGGCAAGAAAGUGGGUCAGGAUGUAGAAGCAAAGGAAGAGUCUGAAGAGGAAGUUAAGGAGGAAGUAGAAGAAGGAGUAAAGCAGGAAGAAGUUGGUGAAGAGGGCGUAAACGUGGUAAGAUAUGCCAGCUAUAAGUUAAAUCUAUGUUUUAGAAUGACGGCAGAACGCUCUUUGUCAAGAACCUGAACUUCGAAACGACGGAUGAGGUUUUAACAAAGUUCUUUGCCAAGAAAUACAAGCUCGAUAAUGCUCAGGUGUCCAAGAAAGCAGAAAAGUCUGAGAGGGCCGGUCUAAUUAGUAUGGGAUUCGGUUUUAUUACGUUUAAGACAGCAGAGGAGGCCGAGAAGGCGUUGAGAAAUCAUCAGGUAAUGCUACAGGAUGAGAUAUAACUGUUUAUAUAGGGGGCUUUGCUCGAAGGACAUGCGAUUGAACUAAAGAGAUCAAGAAGGCAGGAUCCAUUAAAAUCUGCAGAUUCUUUGAAACGGAAAGAAGUCACGACCCUUGAACAAGGAGAAUGCACGAAGAUACUGGUUAGAAAUAUCCCGUUCCAAGCUUCGGAGAAGGAAGUUACCGCUCUUUUUACUGCUUUUGGUGAAAUUAAAACUGUUCGAUUGCCUAAAAAGGUAAGUUAUGUGUAGAGUAUACUGUGUUGAACUGAAAAAGCUACGGGGCUAUUGCGUAUUUUAGAAAAUUGAAAAUUUUUCCGGUUUCUUUUUUUUGCCGGCGUAUUGGCUAUAUGAAGUCGCACUUAAGAAUUUCUGAAAUCUUUUUCAAAUUGACAUGAAAAUUAUUUUUUUAUUUGGGCGAGUGCUAAAUAAGAUCACCUUACGUUCUAUUAUGUUCGAAAAAAUUAAAAAUUCUAUCGAAAAAUCUUAUUUUUUCCGGGCAAAACUUUCUCCCCGGGCCGGGCCUAAAAAUCGAAGCCCGGGGUCGAGCCGAGAAAUUAGUCGGCCCGGGCCGGAGCCAAGCCUAGUCGUCACACGUAUUUUUAACUUAUUGUGACAUUGGAACUUCCGGAAAGUCUUCAGUUUUUUUUGCACAAUGGAUCAGAAGGCCGGUGACAACGCUGUGAGACCACAUUUAGCGACUGUAUGGUGUAGGGCAGUCGCUGCAAUAUCGAUAAAAUCCGAGCGCACUAUUUAAAAAAAGAUGAAAAAGGCAUGCCCCAACUUUCGUGUUGUAGUGCAUUUUGUCAAACUUACAGGGGAAGUACUCCAAGUGCGACGCUCAGAUUUUGAUGAAACUUGGCACUAAUUUAGAAUAAUUUUUUCUAAGAUAUAUGCGAGGAUCCUAGCUCGCGCUUUGCAGAAACAACCGAGAUUUUUAAAUCGAAAGUCGGCGGAAAUUUAGGACUUUUUGCCGAAUUUCGGCACGUAAAGUUUCAUGCCGAUUUCAACCGUAAAGGGUAAUGUUUCUACAAAAAAUCAAAUUUUUCUGUACGAAACUGCCAAAGUUAUGGCCAAAAAGCGCUUUUCUCUCUGACCACUCUCCACAUUUAGCGUGCUCUCUCGGCGGCAAAUAUCGUUCGAUAUCUCGGCGGCGCCCGCAAAGCGCGAGCUAAAACUUUCAGGAAUUGAUAUUUAGUCCAUACCCGACGUGUAUGCAAAAGUUAAAGAAAAUCUCGAUCCCCGUGGAAGAAAAAUUUGUAAAACUGCACAAAACGUCAAGAAAUCGUGUCGAUGAGAAUUGUUAAGUACACGCAGAGUACGAAAAACUGUAUCAAGGGUUAUUCGCGAAUUAGAAAGCAUGUUUUGGAGUUGAUAUUAUUAUCUUGAUAUAGAACUUCUUCUUUCCAAUGCAAAAAUAAUUUUUUGGAUAUCUUGGCUGAGCGCCAAUAAAUCGACAAAAACUUUCCGCGAAUUUCUUGAGACACUCUGUAUUUUAGGUUGCAUCUACAAAACACAGAGGAUUCGCUUUUGUGGAUUUUAUAUCCAAAUUGGACGCCAAAAAAGCUUUCGACUCUCUUGUCCAUUCAACUCACAUGUACGGCAGAAGGUUAGUCCUGGAAUGGGCUAAGGAAUCAGAAACUGUAGACGAAAUUAGAGAAAGAACCAAUAAAAAGUUCAAGUGAGUCAAGUAUUUCAAUAAUUUUUACUUGUUGCAGCAAUACCAACAAAGGAGUAAAGAUGACACGCCGAAAGAUUCGAGGAGCAGUUCAAGAAGGGAUGGACGAAGCGUCAAAGGAGUGA